AUGUCUGAUAUUCGUAAUUUCUUCAAAAAAGUUUCCACACCAAACAAAAAACGUACACGAGACGACUCAGCUGAUCGUGAAGAAAUUACAUCUACAGCAAAACUUGAACAAAAACUAUCAACUAAAAUCUCAAAGGAAAAAAUUGUUUCACAGACAAAAACUAAUAUUAAUACAACACCACCGAAAAAGAUGAAAACCAAAGAAACAGAUCCAAUAGAAAAGAAAAAACAUCUUGAAAAUUAUAAAUCGUUCAUCAAUCGAGGUGGACCUGUUGCACCUGGUUCAAAAGUAAUACCAGAUGGAGAAAAAAAUUGUUUGAAAAAUUUAACAUUUGUUAUUUCUGGUGUACUUGAAUCAUUAGAACGUGAUGAAUGUAAAAUUUUAAUAGAAAAGUAUGGUGGUCGUGUAACAGUAGCACUCAGUGGAAAGACAAAUUAUCUUAUUGCUGGUCGUGAGUCGAGCGAAGGAAAACUGAAUAAAGCUCGAGAAACGAAAAUUGCAGUUAUUUCAGAAGAUGAUCUUCUUGAAUUGAUUCAAACACGUCCAGGUGAUGAAGGUACACCUAAAAAGAAAGUAUCUACAACAGCAGAAUCAUCUUCGAUGCAGUUGAAGCGAAAAUCAUCUUCUACCGUCAGCAAAUCGACUGAUCCAAGCCCUAUGAAAAUACAAAAAAAAUCUGAUGAUGAAUCAAAUUUAUUAUGGGCUGAUAAAUACAAGCCACAAACAAUAAAAAAUCUUAUAGGACAACAAGGUGAAAAAUCUUGUGUACAAAAACUCAUUGUAUGGUUACGUGAUUGGUAUCAACACCAUGGAGUUAGUGAUGAAAAAGUUAAAGCAAAAUCAUCAUUUGGUUUUAAUCGUAAUGAAAAUCCAGCUAUGUUUAAAGCUGCUCUUCUGAGUGGUCCACCUGGCAUUGGUAAAACAACAGCUGCUCAAUUAGUUUGUCAACAUUUGAAUUAUGAAUAUAUUGAAAAAAAUGCAUCAGAUCAACGAUCGAAAAAAUCAAUGACUAAUCUAUCGAGCGAUACAUAUAGUGUUGUCAAUUUAGCAAAUAAAUCUUCUACAAUAUCUAAAUAUGUUUUAAUCAUGGACGAAGUUGAUGGUGUUGCUGGCAAUGAAGAUCGAGGUGGUGUACAAGAAUUAAUAUCAUUAAUAAAACGAUCACGUAUACCAAUUAUAUGCAUAUGUAAUGAUCGGCAACAUAAAAAAAUCCGGUCAUUAGCUAGUUAUUGUUAUGAUUUACGUUUUUAUCGUCCAACAAUUCUACAAAUUCGUGCUGGAAUGCUAACAAUUCUGCAUCGAGAAAAUAUUGAAAAUAUAAAACAAGAUGUUUUAGAUGAAAUCAUACAAUCAUGUAAUCAAGAUAUUCGUCAAACAAUACAUUCAUUAAAUCUUUGGAGUACACACGGAACUACAAAUGCAAAUAAACUAGCUGCAAAAAUGAUUGAAAAAACAACUAAUACAAAUCCAUUUGAAUUAUGUCGAUUGUCAUUCUCCGAUGAAUUACGUGAAAAAUCUUUAUCAGAUAAAAGCGAUAUUUUCUUCUAUGAUUAUCGAUUAAUGCCACUGUUAAUUCAAGAAAAUUAUUUACAAUGUCAACCUCAUCUGUCAACUUCCAAUAAUCAAAAACGAGCAUUAACAAAUCUCGAACAUUUAAAUUUAAUAUCAAAAGCUGCUGAUAGUAUCGCUUUAGGAGAUGUAUGUUCACAAAUGAUAUUUAGUAAAAAUGAUAGUUGGUCUCUUUUGCCUUAUCAAAGCAUUUUUUCAACUGUGGCACCAUGUUCGUAUGUCCGUGGUCAUCUUCGAGGCAUGGCUAAUUUUUCAUCUUACUUCGGUCAACGUUCACGUGCAAAUAAAAACGCACGAGUAUUGAAUGAAAUUGAGAAACAUAUUUGUUUAAAGGUUGCAUCCAUCAAUAAACAAGAAUUUAAUCUUGAUUAUUUAACUUAUUUAAAUCAAGCACUUGUAACACCAUUGAAAAUGGCGUCACAAGAUAAAAAUGUCGAACAAUGCAUUUCUUUACUUGAUGAUUAUUACCUGAAUCGGGAUGAUUUUCAAACAAUUAUUGAAUUAAAUACAUGGGGUAAAACAGGCCGAAAUCAAUAUGAACAACUUGAUACACAAACAAAAUCUUUAUUGACAAGAACUUAUAAUAAAACGAAUCAUCGUACACCAUAUGCAAUUGUUGAUAUCAAAAAAUUAAAAAAAUCCAAAGGACUUAUGGACGAAGAAAGUGAUGAAGAACAAGAAGAAGAAGCAAGUGUUAUUAUAGAUGAAAAUACUAUUGAAGAAGAUGCUAUGAUUAAGAUAGCUAAAAACCGAGAAAUAAAUAAGCCAACAAAAAAGUCUCGAAAUAAAUAA